AUGGCCUCAAAUCCCAUUCCAUCUGCCCAGACUCGUCCAGGUGUGACGCACCAGCUUUGUGCCUGGGUUGACAAUCUCAAACUAGACGACAUUCCCGAGGAUGUACGAACUCGAACCAAGUAUCUCAUCCUCGAUGGGCUCUGCUGUGCCAUUGUCGGGGCCCAUCUCCCGUGGACGGAGAAGGCCGUGGGUGCCAUUCUUGAUAUGGAGCCCGCCGGGGACUGCCCAGUUUGGGGAUAUGAAAAGAAAGUUGGACCUUUACCCGCAGCUCUCAUGAAUAGUACCGCCCUGCAAGGGUUUGAGCUUGACGACUGGCAUUCUAUGGCGCCACUGCACUCCAAUGCGCUGCUCCUUCCGGCCCUGCUAGCUGCCGCAUCGCAGCAGAAGGCUCGCGGGAUGUCGCCAACUACCGGAGCUAGUCUCAUUGUAUCCACGGUUGUUGGCUACGAGACAGGUCCUCGUGUUGGUCUAUGUCUGUACGGCACCCACAUGCUUACGAGGGGAUGGCACUCGGGCGUGGUGUUCGGUCAUGCCGCCUCAGCGGUAGCCGUGAGCAAAUUACUCGAUUUACCAACGGACAAGAUUGAGGAUGCUGUCGGCAUCGCUUGCACCCAAGCUUGUGGUCUGAUGUCUGCGCAGUUCAGCAGCGAUGCAAAGCGAAUGCAGCACGGCUUUGCAGCCCGGAAUGGCCUUUUUGCCGCACUUCUCGCCAAGGGCGGAUAUUCCGGCAUCAAGAAAGUUUUUGAGGAGCCCUACGGAGGCUUUCUGACGGUGUUCAGCCAAGGGUCGGGCAAGGAACCUCCUUAUUUGGAAAAUGAACUGGUGAAAGGGCUCGGGCAGACUUGGCUCUUGGAUGCCAUUCGAGUGAAGCCCCAUGCGGCCAUGGCAGGCACUCACUGCACAAUUGACACCGUUGCGGCUCUCCAGAAGGCCCAUCCACAAAAGCUGGAAGAUUUGUCCGCCAUCAAGGGUAUCAAAAUCGAAAUGUCCGAGCCAGCUUAUCACCAUGGGGGAUGGAAAGCCCAUCGACCUUUGACGACGACUGGUGCUCAGAUGAGCUGUGCCUAUGUGGCCGCCGUGCAGCUCAUUGAUGGACAGGUCUCCCUCGCGCAAUUCCACCAGAGCCUCUUAGAUCGAGAUAGGAUCUGGGAACUAGUCAAUAAGACAGAGUGCUACCAUACACCUGAACUGGGUGAGAAAUAUGAACAGCGGGUGACUAUCACCUUCAGUGACGGCAGUAUCAUCACCAAAACAUUGGAUGCACCCAAAGGAGUCAACCCCCCAUUAUCUAACCAAGAGAUUCUUGAUAAAUAUCGCAAGUUCACAAAGGGACUGAUCGAUGACGAGCGACGAAAUUCAAUAGAGAAAUUGGUGCUGGGACUGGAAGAGCUGGACGAUGUGACUUCCCUGGAAGAGCUGCUGGCUGGGCCGAUCUUGAAUCCAAUUGCUUAA